ACUGGCUCCACCCCACCAGUUUUCCACUCCUUAUAAGUAGAGCACUCAUGGAAAUCUCCAGCACAAGCCACUGUUCAACUAAAAGCAUAUCUUUGAUCUUGUCUUCUCUUCUUACUCUUUUCCUAGUCUGUAGUAGUCUUUUUAAAACCAAUCUAGAAUCUAUUUUAAUUGAACUUUAAACUUUGUAUCAAAUUUUGAUAAUUUUGGUGUGAGUAGUUAUGGCUUCAAGCUCUCUACGCUCCAGAGAUUCAGGUUCAUGGACCCCAAAGCAAAACAAGCUGUUCGAAAAGGCAUUGGCACAGUACGAUAAAGACACCCCAGACCGUUGGCACGAUGUUGCAAAGGCUGUAGGUGGAAAAACUGCUGAAGAAGUGAAGAGACACUACGAAAUCCUUAUCGAAGAUCUUAAGCAUAUCGAGUCCGGUCGCAUUCCUAUUCCAAACUAUAGGUCAAUUGGCGGCACCAGCAAUGCUGAUGAAGAUGAAAGGCUUAUAAGUUAUCUUAAGCUGCAGUGAAGUCCAAAACCAGCAGCCUACGUUUACAUCAUAUCUGAACGCCAGAUUACUAUGAAAAGAGGAUGUGCGAAUGAACAUUGGAUGAAAAGCUGUCCCUCCCUCAAACACUCCCCCCUAGCCUCCUUUCCCUUUUCUUUUGCAGU